AUGGACCGGGGGUUGAUGCGAUCGGUUGAGCCGAGCCGCGCUGAUGGGAAAGGCUGCUGUUCUGGGACCGCGCUAGGGGAGGGCCUAAGACGCGGUCGGGCUGGCGUUGAGACAGGGCCGAGGGCGCUGGGUGGGACUGGCCUCGAAGGGGACGGGCGCACUCUGGGUGAGACGGCGCGGGGAGCGAUGGGGAUGUCGACUGGCACUAGUCGAGCAGAGCCGGGUUGUGGAGGGUUGUGGAGGGUGCCCACGGUGGGUGUUCCGCGCAGGCGGCCACAGAAGAGGCGGGCUCGCUCGCGCUGCAGGCGGUGCGUGGCUCCGCGCGCUGCUGGGGCCAGAAUUAAAGUCGGCCCGUUGUCGGUGGGUGGUGAGCUUUGGGUUUCACGCUCUCCAGCGGCUCCACUCCUGCUUCCCAAAACCUCAACUGCGCCGAGCGUGCCGAGCGAUCAGCCUCUCGUCCGGCCGCUGGCCGCUUUUCCGCUCGCGACGUGUGGGCACGCAGGGCAGCCUCGCAGAGCGUUGCAGUGCUGCGCGAGGUCCGCGGAGCUGCUGCGGGCGAUCUCGCGUGCCGUGACCGCGCAGCUGGCCGGCGAAUGCGGUCUGGGACGUCUGGGACAGGCCCUGCGCAGAGGGUGCGAGAAAGUGCGGUGGGCAGAUUUGCACGGGCGCGCGGUGGUGUGGGCGUCGCCUCGCUGCGUCGCACGUGUAGCACCGCGGACGCGAGAUGGGGGAGCAGAGCAGCAGUGCUGGCGUCGGGGCCUAGCACAGCAGAGAGCGGACGGCGGUGGUGGUGGUGAGCAGGGCAGAGAUUCGCGAUGCAGGCUAGGGACGAAGUCGGGAAGGCGUGAGGGUGGCGAGGAAAGAGAGGCCGCUAAGGCCGCCCGAGGUAAAAUACAUAGCGCAGCCCCGGCAGGCCCCGGCGCGCUGACUAAGCCGGCCGCGCUGCCCUUCGCUCGCCGCGCCGCACGCAGUCGCCCGGCGAGAUCUGCUGGCCGGUGCUGCCUCUGCGCGCCCCGCUGGACGUGCGACGAGAGCCCCAGCGCACUUACAGCAGACGACACAGCGCCCUGGAGUGCAGCUUCGCGAUGCUGA